AAAAAAUUAUGAUUGAGCUUCAAAUUAUGUCUUUAUUACUACGACCGGUAGAUCCUCAAACAUUGUGUUCCUUAGGAUCAAAGUUGAGGCCUCAAGAUUAUGAAAAUGUAUUAUUAGAGCGUAAUUUGGAGAAAUUUUGUGGGUAUCCGUUAUGUCAUAAUCCACCAAGAGAUAAUAAAGCACCUUAUAAGAUUAUGUAUAGUAAACGUAAGAUUUAUGAUCAGCGAUCAUUAUUACGUUUUUGUUCUACAAGCUGCUUCAAAAGAUCGGCUUUCUUUGCUGCACAAUUAAGUUCUGAACCUCUUUGGUUAAGAAAUUCAGAUGACAUGAACAUUUGUCUUUUGGAGGAAUCUUCGGAGCCUCUGGAAUCAUCUGUUGAUACUAAUGGUGUUAAUGUGUCUGUAAAUACGGUUGACUCGAAUUUAAAUCAAGAUAAUUUAUCUUCCAUAAAAACAUCUGUGCAUUCUCAUGUUCUGGAAAAAACUCAUUCUUCUAUAUUUGAUAUUGGAAUUUCUAAUAUGUCGUUUCCUAUUGUUGAAAGAUCUCUGACAAUGAAAUCUAAUGUAGUAGAAAAGUUUCCUGAUUCAAAACAUUAUGAGUCUAUUGAAGGGUUUGUUGCACCUACUGGCAAAUGGUUAUCUUGAAUUAUGUGGGCUUUGGAUAUCUGG